CCUACAUAUCAUUACAGGAACGAAGGAAUCGAAAUACGAGUGAAUGAAACUCAUCCCGGCUCCCGGAUGUUCGGUGUCCUCCAGGCCCCGAGCCAUAACUACUUAAGUACACAAACACCAUAUCAAACAACUCCAUGUAUCCAGAAAUCCGGAACCCCAUUCAUCCACCAUGCGGAUCCUCCUACCCACCCUCCUCUUCACCUUCGCCGCAUCCGCAACACCUCCCCAAAACCCAGCCACAGUAAAGCAACUCACCACCUACAACGGCUUCCUCGAAAACAUCGCCGUCCGCCACAACGGCCAUCUCCUCAUAACCUCCCUCUCAACCCCAUCAUUGCUAUACAUCGACCCCAACACCCCAAACACAACAACUCCACUCCCGCCCAUCCCCGGCGCAAACGGCAUAUCGGGAAUCACAGAGCUCUCGCAAGACCUCUUCGUCGUCGCAGCCGGGAUCUGGAAUCUCACGCAGCAACGCGCAACCAACAUCUCACUCUGGACCAUCGACUUCAACCCCCCCUCCCCUCCCACAGAAGCAGUCCCCACCAAACUCCUCGACAUGCCCUCCGCGGCCCUGCUAAACGGCCUCGCAGCCAUCCCAGGCACCCCGCUCGUCCUGGCCUCCGACUCCGUCGCCGGAGUCAUCUACAAAAUCGACGUAGCCCGUAAAACGCACUCCCUCGCCAUCAAUGACCCCAUCCUCGGCAUCCCGGAUCAAACGCAAGGCCUCGGCGUCAACGGCAUCAAAGUCCACGACGGCACCUUGUUCUUCGUGAAUUCCUUCACCGGCGUGUUGGGGCGCUUCCGCAUCUCGCGGGAUGAUGGGACGGCGAUUGGGAACGCGAGUGUAAUCACGCGGUUCGAUACCGAUGUCGUUAGUGGAAUUGAUGAUUUCGAUGUCCAUGGCAAUGGGGAUGUGUAUAUUGCUGCUCAUCCGGAUUUUGUUUUUAGGGUUGGUGGUGAGGGCGGGAAGGUUGAGGUUGUUGUUAGUGGGGAGCAGGUUCCGGAUCCGACGAGUUUGGCUUUGGGAAGGGGAGGGGGUUUUGCUGGGGGGGUUGUUUAUGUGCUGGUUAAUGCUUUUGAGGGGGAUGUUAAUGAUGCUGUUGGUGGGGUUGUCGUGAUUGAUUUGUAGG